CAGACGUGGAACUGGAUGCUCACUCGCCGCUGUCUGACUGGGUUCGCUGCAGGAUUGUCGUCGUCCAUCCUCUUGGCUGAGUGGUCCGUGUUCACGCUGAAGGUCCAGGUGAAUGACAUCAUCAGCCGCCAGCCCCUGAGCCGCGCGGUGGUCGAGGUGUUUGUCAACCACACGAAGACGAAUUCCGCCACCACCGGGAGCCAGGGCUCCGUGCUGGUCCGCGUGCCCUUCGCGCUGGGCCUCGAACGUCUCUCCAUUGUGCUGUAUUUCACAGUAUAUUCAUCAGUGACGCUUUCACUGUUCCCGCAAAGCCAAGCAAAUAUAUGGCUGUUUGAAGACACCGUUUUAAUUACUGGGAAAUUAGCCGAUGCCAAAUCUCAACCAAGCGCCCAGUUUUCAAAAGCCUUCAUCCAGCUCCCGGACCGCCACCACCUGGGCAACGUGACCGGCUACCUCACCGUCCUGCAGCAGUUUCUGAAAAUGGACAGUUUCCUGUAUACGACCGGAGUCACGCUGAACAAAUCAGGUUUUGAGAGCAUCGAGCUGACGCCGCUGGCCGCGGUGUGCGUGAAGAUGUACUCGGGCGGCAGGGAGCUCCAGGUGGCCGGCUCCGUGCAGCUUUCGCUCCCACUUCUCCACCCCCAGGGCGUGAGGGCGGGGGACCCCCUCCCCGCCUGGACCUUUGACAUGAACACAGGUACUUGGAUCAGUCACGGCCGGGGAGUGGUCAAGGACUACAAUAAUCAUUUAAUCUGGACGUACGACGCGCCGCAUCUGGGCUACUGGAUAGCAGCUCCGCUUCCAGGAACUAGAGGCCCGGGCGGCGGCGGAGACUCCCCGGACAUCGCCGCCUACCACACGGUGUUCCUGACGGCCAUCCUGGGGGGCACGGUCGUCAUCGUCGUCGGCUUCUUCGCGGUGCUGCUGUGCUAUUGCAGGGACAGGUGCGGCCCUCCCCAGAAGAGGGACAGGACGGUCACCAAGCUGGAGGCCCUCAGGAGAGACCAGACCACGUCCACCACGCACAUCCAGCACAUCGGCUCUGCCAAGGCCGCCCUGAGAGCCAAGGACAGGGGGAGCCCGAAGUUCUCUGGACUUUACACCGAAGACGGCGUCUCACCCACGGCUGUUCGCACUUAG